AUGUCAGACAAGAUGGCAUUUCUCCUUUUUGGAGAUCAGUCACUGGGAGUGCAUGGGUUCUUGGCCGACUUCUACCGUGAUGGCAACCCCAGUGUGUUAACUCUCUCUUUUUUGGAGCAGGCUGCUGCUGCUCUUCGUGUCGAGGUGGACCAGAUGUCGUCGAUCGAACGUCAACGAGUACCUCCAUUCUCAAGCAUCAAGGACCUGAACGAAAACUAUCAGGUCAGAAAAUUCAAAAACUCGGCAAUGGAUAGCGUACUACUGUGCAUUGCUCAAUUAGCCCAUUAUAUCGAUCGCGCCGAGAAAGUUCAUGAAGAUGCUACAGGACCUGGAGAGACAUGCCUCGUCGGCCUAUGUACCGGUCUUUUUGCAGCAGCUGGCAUUGCAUCUUCGCCAUCGCUCUCGAGUCUCAUUCCCAUCGCAGUCCAAGUUACCUUAAUGGCAUUUCGGGCAGGGGCUCAUGUUGCGGCGCUGGCCGAGCGCCUCUACCAAGUGUCAGACUCUUCAGAAACAUGGACAUACGUACUACCGACAAUCGGCGAGUCAGAGAUAAGAUCAAUCGUUGACCAUUUCCACAAUGAAGUUGGUGUCCCUGCAGCGAAUCACGUGUACAUCAGUGCCAUCACCAGCAGUUCAAUCGCCAUCAGCGGACCACCUGCCAGCCUCAAAUCUUUGUUCUCUUUCCAUACUUUCGAAGAAAAACCUAUCCCGAUCCCAGUCCAUGGGCCUUACCAUGCAGCUCAUUUGUACUCCUCCGUCGAUGCCGACAAAAUCCUUCGUCUGGGAGAUUCACAAGCUCAGAGAGUCUUAGGACAGGCCAAGCCAAUCAAACCUGUGAUGUCCUGCAGAACAGGCACUUGGUACUCGGAAGAAACCUCGAUCUCAUUAAUUCAAGCUGUGCUUCGCGAUAUCCUUACCGAGCCUCUGCAGUUUCAUAAGGUCGUUCAUGGCUGUGUGAUGAAGGCGCAGAGCUACCGAGGGCCCAAUUGUCUGGUGAUCCCCUAUGGUCCUACAAAAGCGGCCAACAGCCUGGCAACAGCCCUCAAAGCACAAACGGACCUUGAUAUCAUCCUUAGAAGGUCUCCAUCUGCGACGAAGCAGCCUAGUCAAACCUCGAGUAAUUUUGCAAAUGCAUCUAACGGAAGAUGUAAGCUCGCCAUCGUCGGCAUGGCUGGAAGGUUCCCAGAUGCUGCGAGCCACGAGAAAUUGUGGGAACUUCUCGAGAAGGGUCUGGACGUCCACAGAGAGGUUCCCAAAGACCGCUACGACGUGAAGACACACACAGAUCCCACCGGCAAAGCAAGGAACACGAGUCACACACCAUAUGGAUGCUGGAUUGAGAAUCCUGGUCUAUUCGAUCCCAGAUUUUUCAACAUGUCACCAAGAGAGGCCUUUCAAACAGAUCCCAUGCAAAGACUUUCCCUUGUGACAGCAUUUGAGGCUUUGGAGAUGGCUGGUUAUGUCCCGAAUCGCACUCGCUCAACGAAGUUAGAUCGCAUCGGUACUUUCUACGGACAGACUAGUGAUGACUGGCGAGAGAUCAAUGCCGCUCAAGAUGUUGACACCUACUUUAUCACGGGCGGUGUGCGAGCCUUUGGCCCGGGUAGAAUCAACUACCAUUUUGGUUUCUCUGGCCCUUCCUUUAGCAUCGAUACUGCCUGUUCAUCCAGUGCCGCAGCAAUUCAAUUAGCUUGCACAUCAUUGUGGGCAAAUGAUUGCGACACGGCGAUUGUCGGUGGUGUGUCCUGUAUGACCAACUCGGAUAUUUUCGCGGGUCUUAGUCGAGGACAGUUCUUGUCCAAGACAGGGCCAUGCGCAACAUUCGACAACGAUGCCGAUGGAUAUUGUAGAGCCGAUGCUGUCGGCACUGUCAUUGUGAAGAGACUCGAAGAUGCCUUGGCCGACAAGGACAAUGUUCUCGCUGUAAUUCUUGGCACUGCGACAAACCACUCUGCCGAUGCCAUCUCCAUUACACAUCCCCAUGGUGGAACUCAGGAAGUUCUCUAUCGUAGUAUUCUCGCUAAAGCUGGCGUUGAUCCACUUGAUAUCGACUAUGUCGAGAUGCAUGGCACUGGCACACAAGCAGGCGACGGUACCGAGAUGCGAUCGGUCACCAACGUCUUCGCGCCCGCUGAUCGCAAGAGAACAGCAGAACAACCAUUAUAUCUCGGUGCAGUCAAAGCGAACGUAGGCCAUGGUGAAGCUGCUUCUGGUGUCACUGCGCUGAUAAAAGUGUUGUUGAUGCUUCAGAAGAAUGCGAUCCCUCCUCAUGUCGGCAUCAAAAACACCAUCAACAAGGGCUUCCCAUCGGAUCUGGCCGAACGAAAUGUGCAUAUCGCAUUCCAUAAAACUCCGCUCAGAAAAAGAACAAAUGCUCCUCGUCGCAUUUUCGUCAAUAAUUUCAGCGCUGCUGGCGGCAACACGGGAUUGCUGCUCGAGGAAGGGCCAGCACUGAAGCGAGCUGUGAUCGACCCUCGAUCAACCCAUGUGGUGACCGUGACUGCAAAGUCCAAGUCAGCAAUGCUGAGAAAUGCCGAGCGUUUAAUGAGUUAUUUGGCUCAGAAUCCCACCACUUCACUCGCCGACUUGGCAUACACGACCACUGCACGUCGCACCCAGCACAACUGGAGAAUGUCCAUAACUGCCACGGACAUUGGUGAAGUGCAAGCGAUCCUUGGAUCCAAGCUCCACGAGAACUUUGUUCCUGUCCUGCCUGAACCUCCAAAAGUUGCCUUCCUGUUCACUGGACAAGGAUCCCACUACCCCGCGAUGGGCAAAGAACUGUACACCACCAGCACGCUAUUCAAAGACACGAUUGAUGAUUUCGAUAAGAUCUCGUUAUUGCAUGGAUUUCCUUCAUUCAUUCCAUUAAUAGAUGGUAGUGCAGCAGAAGUUCAGACUUUAUCGCCUGUUGUUGUACAAAUCGGGAUCGUUUGUCUGGAGAUGGCCAUGGCGAGACUUUGGAACGCAUGGGGUAUCAAGCCAACCGUCGUGCUGGGCCACAGCCUCGGGGAGUAUGCUGCUCUCAAUGUUUCUGGCAUUCUUUCUGCCAGUGACACCAUCUAUCUCGUCGGUACCAGAGCUCAGCUGCUAGUACAGAAGUGCACACCAGGCACGCAUGUCAUGCUUGCUGUUCAAGGACCCACGGCGUCAGUGAUGGAGGCCCUCAAGAGCCGCGAUGUCAAUGUUGCUUGCAACAACAGUAGUCGCGAGGCUGUUUUCAGUGGAGAAGCUGCCGAGAUGGCUGAAGUUGCAGACCUGCUGACGAAUGCCGGAUUUAAGUGCACACAGCUCAAGAUACCAUUCGCGUUUCACUCUGCCCAAGUCGACCCAAUUCUCGAUGACUUCCAAAGGGCUGCCGAGUCGGUCAAUUUUGGCAAGGAGACAAUUCCACUCAUCUCCUCCGUCCUGGGUAGAAUGCUCAACGAGCCAGAAGCCAUCGAUGCCGAGUACCUCCGCAACCAUGCACGCAACCCCGUGAACUUCGUUGGUGGACUUCAAUCUGCUCAAGUCUCUGGGGUCACUGAUGACAAGACUGUCUGGAUGGAAGUUGGGCCUCAUCCAGUCUGUUCGAAUAUGGUCAAGGCAUCGCUCGAUAUUUCCACAAUCAUCGCACCAUCACUUCGCAGAAAUGAGAGCGCAUACAAGACACUCAGCACCAGCCUGUGCACAAUGCACACUGCUGGUCUCAAUGUUGACUGGAACGAAUACCACCGAGACUUCAAUGACUCUGUCCACCUUCUUGAUCUCCCGACCUACUCAUUCGAUGACAAGAACUACUGGAUUCAAUACGAGGGCGACUGGUGCUUGACCAAAGGCAGUGGUGCGAAGUUGACGCCGCUUCUCGAGGACACGAAGCCCAAGUUCUCUACCACUUCCGUGCAGACGAUCACCAGCGAGUUUGUCAAGGACGAGAUGGCUGUCGUUUGUGCCGAAUCUGACUUGGCCGAGGCGGGCCUCAGAGGUGUAGUCACUGGACAUCAAGUCAAUGGAGCCAUGCUCUGCCCAUCUUCACUAUAUGCGGAUAUGGCCAUCACUCUAAGCGAGUAUGCAUACAGACUUGUGCGGCCAGAUGCUACUGAUCUUGGUAUCAAUGUCAGCAACAUGAAGAAUCCAAAGCCACUCAUCGCACGUCCGGAUGGUGCAAGCCAAAUCCUUAGAGUUAUUGCAACUGUGGACAUUGCUGCCGGCAAAGCAGAUCUCGUGUUCUCCACUGGAAUAGACAAGGACAAAGUUGAGCACGGUAUCUGCGAAGUCAUUUUUGGCAACACCAAAGAAUACUUGGCGGAAUGGCAACGCACGGCAUACCUCAUUCAGUCCCGCAUCGACUGGUUGAGGAAUGCUGAACAAGACGGCCGAGCUCAUAAAAUUGGUCGUGGCUUGGCAUAUAAGCUCUUCGCUGCCUUGGUGGACUACAACCCAAAAUAUCGUGGUAUGGAAGAGGUCACUCUGCACAGUGAGAAUUUCGAGGCGACAUCGAAAGUCAACUUCCAGACGAGUGAGAAAGAUGGCAACUUCAAAGUCAGUCCUUAUUGGAUCGACAGUCUUGCACACAUCUCUGGCUUCAUUGUAAAUGGGUCCGAUGCUGUUGACUCUCGUGAGAAUGUCUACAUCUCUCAUGGUUGGGAAUCCUUGAGAUUUGCCGAACCCCUCUCUCAGGACAAAACAUACCGCGCCUAUGUGAAGAUGCAACCUGAGGAAGGUAAGGUCUUGGCUGGUGAUGUUUACAUCUUUGAUGGAGACAGGAUCGUUGGAAUGGUCGGAUGUUUGAAGUUCCAGUGUAUCCCCCGUAAAGUGCUGAACAUGUUCUUACCACCAAUUGGAGGUGCCAAGACUGCACAAGUCAGGUCAACACCAGCAGCUAUCAAAGCACCAUCAGCUAAGCAGUCAAAGACAGCCCAAGUUACCAUGGCCAACAUUGCCACUGUCAACAAGAAGUUGAUCUCUGUCUGCACUAGAGCACUUGACAUUCUUGCUGCGGAAGUUGGAGUGGGCAUUGACGAACUUGUGGACAACAUUGGUUUCACGGAUCUUGGUGUUGAUUCUUUGAUGUCACUCACAGUUAGUGGAAGGAUGAGAGAAGAGCUCGAAAUUGAUGUUCAUUCUCAUGACUUCAACGACCACCCAACAAUUGGAUCCUUCAAGGCUUUCCUCAGUAAGUUCGAGACUAUCAUCCCAAGCUCCGAUUCCAGCGAUACUCGCAGCCACUCAUCCCUUGAAGACAAGUCUACGCCAGAUCUUGUCGACGACUCGAAUGUCACCACACCUCUGGAUGAUACUCCGGUCGAGGAGAACAAGGAUGAAAGUCUCGGCAAUAUCAUCCGAAUGACCAUAGCCGAGGAGAUGGGUGUUGACAUUGAGGAGAUUGCAGACACAGUCGAUCUCUCCACACUUGGAAUGGAUUCACUCAUGAGUCUAUCUAUUCUAGGCCGUCUGCGCGAAAAGACCGAUAUGUCUCUACCCGCUGAUCUCCUUACCGUCAACCAGUCAAUCCGAGACAUCAAGCGAAGUCUAAACAUCGGUGAACCUGCAAAGCCUGUCGUGUCCGUGUCCGUCUCAAAGCGCAUUGAGAGCACCGUCACUUCGACUGCUAUUUUCCCGCCUCAACGUUUCGCGACUUCGGUUCUUCUCCAGGGCAAUGCAAGGCGAGCAACAAAGACCUUGUGGAUGAUCCCUGAUGGAGGCGGAUCUGCGACGUCGUACGUCGAUAUCCCGGAUCUCUCACCCGAUAUUGCUGUGUUCGGACUGAACUCUCCUUACAUGAAAGUGCCUGAGGAGUACAAAUGUGGUGUCAUUGGUAUGGCCGAAGCCUUUAUCACGGAGAUGAAGAGGCGUCAACCCAUAGGACCAUACAUACUUGCAGGAUGGAGUGCAGGCGGUGUCAUUGCUUUCGAGGCUGUGAACCAACUCACGAAAGCUGGUGAGUCCGUCGAGAAACUCAUUCUGAUCGACUCUCCAUGCCCGGACAUCAUCGAGCCCCUUCCAUCUUCCCUGCAUAGAUGGUUUGCUUCCAUCGGCCUGCUAGGAGACGGUGACUUCUCCAAGUUGCCAUCCUGGCUUCUCCCACAUUUCGCAGCAUCUGUCAAUGCCCUGUCGAACUACACGCCAGAAGUCAUUGACCCAGAAAAGAGUCCACACGUGACUGCCAUAUGGUGCGAAGAUGGAGUCUGCAAGCUCCCUUCGGAUCCUCGACCUGAUCCCUUCCCCUACGGUCACGCCCAAUUUUUGCUAGACAAUCGCACGGACUUCGGACCCAACCUAUGGGACAAGUAUCUCAACCCCAAGAAGUUUGAGUGUAAGCACUUGUCCGGGAACCAUUUCUCGAUGAUGAAGAAGCCAUAUGUUGGCACAUUAGGAGACAUAAUUAGGGAUGCGAUGAACGCUGUAGUGUAA